GUUAUUAUUGAUAUAAUUUAAGCAGUUGAAAAUGUCGUAUAUUAUUUGGUUCCUAAGUUUUAUUGGAUUGUUCUCAUUACUUACAGUAACUGUUGAUGGAUACAGUAGAGAAUGUGAUGUUAAUCAAACAAAAUUUACACCAGAAGGAAGCACAGUAACCUUCGUGAACAACAUUACAAUUACAGGCGGCUUAUUUCGAAUGAGGAAGACAUCCGGGUCUGCGACAGGAUUUCGUGUUUAUCUAUAUCUAGCCGGGACUAAUGGGACCUUGACCAUUGCCAACAUUUAUGCUUUUCCUGGUGCUUGGGAAAACAAGACAAGUAUAAGCAUUCAAUUUCACUCUGAUAGCAAACCUUAUGUGAGAAUAAUUUUGAGCAACGUCAGUAUGGAGGAUAAUGGGACAUACCGAAUAAUUUAUGGCCGUGAUUACGCUUGUUAUAUCCUUUAUGUAAUGGAAAUAAAAGCUGAACCGAGCUUAAGUAGAGAAGAGAAUGACCCGAUCUAUGUGUUUGCACAUCCGCAAUAUUCACUGAUAAAGCGGCCGUUAACGAACGCAACUAUGGUCUGGUUAUUAGACGGUAAAUCUGUCAAUCAAUCUGCCAGGUUUAUACAACAAGAUGGUCUUAUUUGGAUACCAAGGAUUAGAAGAGGCCUAAAUGGAAGGAAUGUAACUUACCGCGCUCUACAUGAUGAUGGAAGAAUCACCGAUGUAAAUACCACAGUAACUGUUAAAUACGGACCAAGCCAUCCUUUGACGCUGGUACCGAAAAAGACACACUACAAUAUGGUCAGUGGAGAUACCAUGCCUGAUAUAACAUGUACCUCUGAAUGUAAUCCACCAUGUAACAUUUCCUGGGGAGAACACAGCGAGAGGGAGACACUCAGUCUUGGAACUGUUAAGAAGGAAGAUUCAGGAGAGUACACAUGUACUGCUAGUAGAAUUGGUGGCCAGACCAUACAACAGACUGUCAGUAUUUUUGUUGCUGAUCGACCACUUCAGUCCCUCAUACUUUCACCAAGAAAGACGUUCUAUAAUUUGGUUAGUGGAGACGCCAUGCCUGAUAUAACAUGUACAUCUGAAUGUUAUCCACCAUGUACUAUAUCCUGGGGAGAACACAGCAAAGACAACAUUCUUAGUCUAGGAGCCGUUACGACAGAUGAUACAGGGGAAUACACGUGCACAGCGAGAAGAGUGGAUGGGCGCAGUGUUGAACAAACAGUCAGCGUUUUCGUUUCCGACAACUCAUAUUUUACCAUAGCGAUUAUAUGUUUGGCGACUGUUCAAUCACUUACUAUCAUUGCGCUUGGGUUGUGUACAUUUUUCAUCUACAAAAGGAAAGUUCCGUUUUGUUGUCAACGACUUUCAGAGUGCGUUUCCAAGAAUAAAACAGACAACACAACAGUCACCUUUUCUCAAUCGAACGUGCAAGGAUCUAAAAAAAGAAUGUAUGAAGACUUGAGACAUGGGACAAGAAACAAUGUUUACGGCGAGGUUAACUUGUCUAUUAUAGGAGAUGAUGCUACAGUUAGUACAUACGAAAAUACGAGCAUUAAAAGUUAAAAUUUUCCAUUCGUUUUAAUAUUGUCAUAGAAACACAUGCAUUACUAAAUAGUAUGCACAUGCGGUAAAAAUGCAAUUUUCUAAAUGACUAAUUUUCAAAAGUACAGAAGCGCUAAUUUAAGAAUUAGACAUCGUUUAAAAGUUUAUUUGCGCAAAGACAAUCAAAUUUACUAGUAUGUCAGGCUAUUUUAGAAGGAUAUUUUGUAGUCAGUAAUUUAUUUUCUGGAAUUUUCUACGGCAAAAAGAGGUACACGUACUGUGAAUUAUCGUUAUCAUUGAGAAAAAAAUGCAGAGGAUAAAAGGAGUAAAAGGUCCUUGCUUGAUUUAGAGGACGCAGAGAAAGGACACAAGGAAUUAAAGAGAUUAACGGCGCAGCUGUUCAAUGAAAGAUUAAAAAUCGAGUGAAAAUAAAUCUACUAGCAACAUUUUUGUAUGUAACUGAACAAAAUAGUAUUUGCUUGUACAUGUGUUGUUACUGAAUCACAAGAUAACAUAUUUAUCUGGUAUUUUUGUUUGGAUGUUUUAAAAAUAUCAACAAUGUUUUGUCUUUUCUCUUUUUAGAAAUAUCUGAACACUUAUACUUGUAAUCAAUUUUAACAUUGGACUGUCGAAGUUUCAAAAUAAUCCAAAUGAUAAAUAUUUAUUACAAUUAUGAAAUCCGCAAUUGAUGCUAAAGGACUUUCAGUUUUUUGUAGGAUAUGUGUAUAAACAUAUGUUUAUUAAAAAUCAAUUAAUAUACAACAUGUUGCAUUAACGGUUCAUGUAAUGUAAGUUUUUGUAUGUAUGUUUUUGUAUAUGUGUGUAUGUAUGAGUAUAUGUAUAUAUAUAAGGGAUCUAUAAGUAAGUGGUUCAAAUAUCAAUUUUGAUAUGAAAAUUUUAAUUGUGUAACUACUUAAGAAAAUUUCGGCUGGUAUGUACUUUAUCAAUCAAAAUUGAUCUUUUCCAAACUUUUUCAUGAUUUUUGAUAUUAUGUAUAUAUAUUUAUGUCAUACACUGUUCGUUAUUGUGUAAGUUUUAUGUCCUCGUGGGCUUGAAAGCCUAUUGAAACAAAAUGUAUACUGUCUACUGUUAUUAUUGUAUGUUAGUAUGUGUCCAGUGUUCAGCCAUGUAUAAAGUAGUAGAUAAUUGUUUAUUGUAGUAACAUAUGCAAUGGACAUUUAUACAGUACAAUACAAUUUCACAAAGAGUUUUGCACCCGGCCCAAUGAACCUAUUAGUCACCUUUUAUAAUAAAUUACAUUAAUCAUAUAACUUUACAUGAUGUAACAAAUUACGUGAGGGAAAUGGUUAUGGCAAAACAACACUGUAUAAUAAAUGUGAAAUUAUGCGCAUACUAGUAUAACAAUAAAUAGUUAAGUGAGACAUAAUCCUUAUUGAAAUGCAAAACUUAAAUUAUUUUUAUAAUUUAAGAAUAAAUUAUACUUAGU